CUACCAGCUGCGAACAAAGAUAAAGACGUUCUCGCUGCUAGAUUCUGCGCAUGCGCAUCAAUGCGACGCGGGGUGGUACAUUGGUCUGAAAACGUAUCCAACAGAACUUCCAACCAAAAUAAUGAUAUUGUAAGGAGUUUUCACCACUGCGACGAUAACGUUUUGGAGAAAGAACCCCCGGACAAGUAUUUUUAUCGUCACACGUGUGUAAAACAUGAAGGUUGCAGUGGAAGGUUGCUGCCAUGGGGAACUGGACAAGAUAUACGAGACCAUCGGCUACUUGGAGCAAAAAGAGGGCCUGAAAGUCGAUCUUCUAUUGUGUUGUGGAGACUUCCAAGCGGUGCGAAAUGAAGGCGACAUCAAAUGCAUGGCUGUUCCUGACAAGUACCGAAACAUGCAGACAUUUUACAAGUACUAUUCAGGAGAGAAGAAGGCACCAGUCCUCACCAUUUUCAUUGGAGGCAAUCAUGAGGCGUCUAACCACAUGCAAGAGCUGCCUUAUGGUGGCUGGGUGGCGCCUAAUAUUUAUUAUUUAGGAUAUGCUGGAGUUGUUCGGUACAAAGGCGUUAGGAUCGGCGGCUUAUCUGGAAUCUUUAAAUCAAACGACUAUCGGAAGGGUCACCAUGAAUUCCCACCAUACAACCCCAGUACCAUGAGAAGCGCAUACCAUGUCAGAAAUAUUGAGGUUUUCAGGCUCAAACAGAUCGCCAUGCCCAUGGACAUUUUCAUGACCCACGAUUGGCCAAAAGGAAUCUACAAUUAUGGAAACACAGACAAGUUGCUGAAAAUGAAGAAGUUUUUGCGUGCAGAAGUGGAGUCCAACACAUUGGGUAGCCCAGCUGCAGCAGAACUCCUAGACCACCUUCAGCCAAGCUACUGGUUCUCCGCACAUCUGCAUGUGAAAUUUGCUGCCCUCAAGCAGCAUCCGCCCAAAGGUGGUGCCGCUCCUCGGGUCACCAAGUUUCUUUCGCUGGAUAAAUGUUUGCCCUAUAGACAGUUCUUGCAGAUAGUGGAUGUACCAGAUAGACCUGGUUGUGGUGAAGGGUUGGAAUAUGAUCCGGAAUGGCUGGCGAUACUGAAGGGCACCGACAGCCUGCAGAAGACGACCCCAUCCCCGUGGAAUCCUCCGGAGAAUAAUGGGCUUCAUGAACGGUGGGACUUCAGAGUUUCAGAAGAUGCUAUGAUGCAGGUGGUGGAAGAGCUCAGUGGUGAGCUCUCUGUUCCAAAUAACUUUUGUCAGAAUGUGCCAGCGUAUGACCCCAAAAACCCCCAACCACACAUGGAACCAAGCUACAACACCAACCCCCAGACCACAGAGUUCUGCGCUACAUUGGGCCUCACGGACAUCUACGCUCAGGUGGGACAGGCCCUGCACAACAGAUCCAUCGGCGAGCGUGAUGCAGAUGAGGACAGUGCGGGGAGCACGGAUGAACCCAGUGACUAUCCGACGGACACCUCUGGAAUGUCAAACUCAUUCAAUCCUGAUGAGAUUACAAUCGAGGAUGAGUGGGAAGAAGAAGAGGAGGAAGAGGCUGAGCCGAAGGCUGUUAAGAGCAGUGCAGCACCAGUCAAACUGCACACGCCCGUUCGACUGGUGCUUCCAGAUCCCAAAUCUGAGGAGUCGCCCACGCGCAUGUUGGACUUGAUGAAGCUGCCACCCCCAGCUCACUCCACCCCUGAAUCGGCUCGCUUUCCUGCUGAAGCGGAAAGCGGCUCUGGUGAGCACAACACAGAGGAUUGUUCCUCCGUUCGAAUCCUCAAACGCACCAGCGACGAGCGGAGCAAUCCCGACAACAGAAACACCACGCCCAUGAUCAAACGCCGAAACCAGGUCAUCUACAAAAGUGUAGAGGAUGAGGAGUGCCAGGCUGAGUGAUCGUCUUUAUUUUACUUAACUUUUUAAAAACAAACAAACCUGUGGUCUGGCAGUAACUUAUUAUUGCCUGUUUUAUACUACAUAAUUAUGCUGUAUAAUUACUUUAUUGAAACGUGUACAUUUGGUUUAUACAGAAACGGCUGCGCAGCCCUAAAGGAGUAUUUUAUCAGUUUUAUCCGCGUUUUAUAGAACAAAAAAAAGUUUUUGCAGAUGCCUUUUUAAGGCAACAGAUUUGAAUGAUGUCCUUUUUUAAAAAGAAGAAAAUGUGUUUCAAUAACUGUUGUCAUUUGGUUAUUUUUUUUUAAGUCGUUUAAAUCCAUGCAUCUCACACACACAAAAACAUCUGCAAUGAACGACUAGCAAUGUGUCGAUAGGAAAGGAGUGCGUUUGUUUAUUCUAAUUUGUUCAUCCUCCCUCACCUUCGUCGAUGAGUGACAGCCUUCAUUUAACCAUGAUCAUCUCAGCCAGCUCCAGCCAAAAUCUGUGGACCUCAGUUGCAAAUAUUGAAACUAGAAACAUGAAGUACAUGUGACCGAAUGAUUAGGACUUUCAGAAGAUGAAAGUGUCAAGAAAUAAAAGUGACUUUUCUGUUAAAAUAUUUCUCAUAUUGCUCUGUCUGGGAAGUGAAUUACCCAGGCGUCUAAACCACUUGGAGUCAUCAUUGUAUUUUAGAACCCGCAGAUAGUUGUUUCUAGAAGAGCAGUCAAAGUGUGGUCCACCUCCAAGAAGUAUACAUUAGUGAUGGGUCCUGCAACAGCGAUGUGCCGAGACAACCAUGUGACUGUGUCGACUUGGCAAAAACGUGCCGAACCUUGUUUCUAAGGACGUGCAGCUGAUGUAACUGCUGAAACAAUCUAAUCUCGCGGUUCCUUGUGAAUGUCUUUGUGGAGCUAAGGGGCAGCUCCAAGAGAAACGUAAGUUGUUAGCCGUGUGGGACCAUUUUGAUCUCCUAUAUUUAUUUCAGUCUUUACCCAGUUUGUCUCGAUUUUCGACUUGUCUUGUUCCAUUCUAAUGCAAAUUAAUUUCAAGGUAUAAUUUAAUUUAGGAUUUUUUUUUGUAUAAAAAAACGUUUUUCACAUUAUGAUAUAUUUUCACAUUUAAAGAUAUGGAAUAAUAAAUGCAAAGUCUUAUGUGAUAUUAUUAUGUACAGUUGGUCAUCAAAUCUGUGUAAAUUCAGUCUGUCUGUAGGUUGCCUGCAGGGAUUUUGAAUGUCCAGCAGACUAUUCAGUGACAUCAGCACCAUGUGUCGAAACGCUUUAUGAUGCCUCAUUUGUCCAUCACUAGUAUGCAUAACAUAUGAAGCUCAUUCGUGAUUGGCUGUUGGUCGCUGAUGAGAUCAUCCACUGUUACGUUCCAGAAACAUUUUUUUUGUAACCUGAAAACAAUGACGUUUCGCCAUUCCGCCACCUGGAAUACAGACAGAUAAAGGCCAGCAAAAACAGAACCUCCUUGCCAGAGCUAAUGAGUUACUUUCAGGAAUGUGUCACUAUCAGACAAGUUCAAAAGUAACUGUUUCAAAUGUUAAGAAUUUUCAAGUGUAACUUGAUUAUUUUUUUUUUUUUUUUUUUUUAGCAAAGCUGGAGUGUCCAAACUGUUCUUUCUUAGAGACCAAAUCGGAUGAGGUGAACAUUUAUGUAUUCUUCCUGUUAUCUUUGACACCAUUGACGUGAAAUAAAUCGCAACUUGGAACAAUACAGUUGUCAUCAGAUGUC